CGACGCCGAACGUCAACAAACUAAAAUGGAAGCAAUAAGUGAGGGGUUGCGCUCUCCCAACAAGGUGUUUUUACUUGAAAAUAUGUUUCAGAUCAAGUGGAAGGGCUGCGACGAUUCCGGAAACUCCUGGGAACCGGAGGAACAUCUCAACUGCCAGGAUCUUCUGGAAAAAUUUGCGCGCGAGGAAGGCGAGAAGUGGGCCAGCAGCCAGGGCAAGCGAUCUUCGACGGACUCUUUCUCAAACAUGGAUCGGGCCGGAGAAGAUGUUGAGAAAGCGCCACCGAAACUGUAGAGUCUGCCAAGA